GGAAGACGCCGCCCGCCGCCUCCCGUGCUGCUCUGUUGGAAGGCAUCCAGAGCCGACGCCAUGCCGCGGCUUAUGUCCCAGCCUGCACGCGUCACACCGCCCACUAACCCUCUUCUUGACUCUACGUUUGGUGACAGAGAUCCAUCUCCGCGACGAACUAUAAAAGCCGCUAUCCUGUGUUGAUAUCCCUUUAGAGUGGAAUUUAAUAGCAAAGAUGCCGCCUGGAGUCAAAACGUUAUGGUAUAGUACACAUCGGGAGAGCGUAACGGAGGAGAGCAAAGAAGAAGUACAAAUAACGGCCUACAGGAGACUGUCUGGAGAAGGCAAACCUUGGGAGAAGAUGUCUGGUCCACUUGACGUGAAAUUCACGGAACCGUCAAAGCCGCCAGCUGAGGAAUCGCCACCUCCUGUGCCUUUCUUCAAACUGUUCCGCUUCUCGACGGUGUGGGAGCGCCUGCUGCUGUUGCUGGGCCUGGUGGCGGCGCUAGGCACGGGCGUGAGCCAGCCCCUCUCGAUGCUGCUGUUCGGCGACCUGACGGGCGUCAUGGUGGACUACGGCUCGGCGGUGAUCAACGCGUCGCUGGCCGGCCAGCCCGUUCCGGAGGCGGCCAGGACGGCCUUCAUGGACGGCGUGCGCAGCUUCUCAGUCUACAACGCCAUCCUGGGCGCCGCCGCUUUCGUCCUCACUUACGUCUGCAUCUUCACAUUCAAUUACGUCGCGCACAGGCAGAUCUACCGCAUCCGCGACAGAUACCUCAAGUCCGCUCUUCGGCAGGACAUUGGCUGGUACGACUUGCACCAGACUGGGGACUUCGCCAGCCGCAUGUCAGAAGACUUGACGAAGAUGGAAGACGGCAUCGGAGAGAAGGUGGUGAUGUUCGCGACGUACCUGGUGACGUUCCUGGGCGGCCUGGUGCUGGCGCUGGUGCGCGGCUGGGAGCUGGCGCUCAUCUGCCUCAUCUCGUUCCCCAUCAUCAUGGCGUCGCUCUCCGUCAUCGAGGUCUUCUCGUCGCGGCUCGCCAAGAAGGAGCUGGCCGAGUACGGCAAGGCGGGCGCCAUCGCGGAGGAGGUUCUCAGCGCCAUCCGCACCGUCAUCGCCUUCGGCGGGCAGGACAAGGAGUCCGAGAGAUACAACACGAAGUUGCUUGGAGCAAUAAAAAUGAGCGUUAAGAAGAACGUCAUCAUGGGUCUCGGAAACUCGGUGCUUUGGCUCUGCACCUUUGGCAGCUAUGGUCUGGCCUUCUGGUACGGCGUGAACCUCAUACUAAGGGACAGGGAGUAUCCCGAAAAUGAGAGAAUAUACGACGCCUCAACAAUGAUCACCGUGUUCUACUCAGUCAUGAUGGGCUCCUGGAUGUUCGGUAUGUCGUCGCCCUUCAUUGAGGCCUUCUCGAUGGCUAGGGGAGCCGCUGCCAAAGUCUUCGCCGUCAUUGACCGCAAGUCGCCCAUCGACAGCUUGUCUGAAGAGGGCGAGCGCCCGUCUGACGUCAACGGCGAUGUGAGUUUCCAAGACGUCCACUUCGAGUACCCUUCACGGAAGGGCGUCAGGAUCCUGCAAGGCCUGAACCUCAAGAUCAAAGCCGGAGAGACGGUGGCGCUAGUGGGCAGCUCCGGCUGUGGCAAGUCCACGUGUAUCCAGCUGAUACAGCGCUUCUAUGACCCUCUGCAAGGAAAAGUGCAACUGGACGGGCGCGAUCUGAAGACGCUGAACGUGGGCUGGCUGCGCUCGCAGAUCGGCGUGGUGGGCCAGGAGCCGGUGCUCUUCCAGACCACCAUAGCGGAGAACAUCCGCUACGGGUGGGACACCUGCACCAUGGAGGACAUCGAGGAGGCUGCCAAGAUGGCCAACGCCCACGAUUUCAUCUCCAAGUUGCCGCAGGGCUACGACACGAUGGUGGGUGAGCGCGGAGCUCAGCUGUCGGGCGGCCAGAAGCAGCGCAUCGCCAUCGCCAGGGCGCUGGUGCGCCGCCCCAAGAUCCUGCUGCUGGACGAGGCCACCUCUGCUCUGGACACCAGCAGCGAGGCCAAGGUGCAGGCCGCGCUGGACAAGGCCAGCUUGGGUCGCACAACCAUCAUCGUGGCUCAUCGGCUAUCGACGGUGCGGAACGCAGACAGGAUCGUGGUGCUGGCGGGAGGCAACGUGGUCGAGCAGGGCAGCCACGACCAGCUGAUGACGCUGCAGGGACACUACCACACGCUCGUCACGGCUCAGCUGUCCGCAGACCUCAUGGCCCCGGAACAGAAGGAGGGCGGCCCGCCGGCCCUGGAGCGGCUGCUGAGCGUGCGCAGCGACCAGUCCUCCGUGUCGGGCGCCCAGGAGGCGGACGGCGGCGCCGUGGUGGAGGCUGCAGCGGCCCGGGAGGAGCCGGUGCCCGAGGUGGGGCUGCUGGGCGUGCUGCGCCUCAACGCCCCCGAGUGGCCGCUCAUCGCCCUCGGCACGCUGGGCGCGCUCGUCGUCGGCUUCGCCUUCCCCGCUUUCGCUAUCGUUUUCGGAGAUGUCAUCGGGGUUCUUUCGCUCCCAGAUCCGGAUGAAGUCCGCAGUCAGACCAACUGGUACAGCAUACUAUUCGUCGUCAUCGGCGUCGCUCUUGCCAUCGCCUCUUUCUUACAGAUAUACAUGUACGGUAUCGCCGGGGAGAGACUGACAUCACGCUUGCGAAAAAUGGCGUUUGCGGCGAUGCUGCGGCAGGAGGUGGCCUGGUUCGACGACAAGAACAAUAGCACUGGAGCGCUCUGCGCCCGGCUGUCCGGCGACGCCGCCAGCGUCCAGGGGGCGACCGGACAGCGCAUCGGCUCCGUAGUGCAGGCCCUCGGCACGCUCGUCGUGUCGGUGACGCUGGGCCUCGUCUACGAGUGGAGGCUGGGGCUGGUGGCCAUUGCUUUCAUGCCCAUCAUGCUGCUGGCUCAGUACUUCGACGAUCGCCUCGUGCGUAACGAGGCCAGCAGCAAGCAGAAGGCUAUGGAGAAGGCCACCAAGUUGGCGGUGGAGGCCGUGAGCAACAUCCGCACGGUGGCCGGCCUGGGUCGCGAGCGGCUGUUCCACGGCAAGUACCUGGCGGAGCUGCAGCCCGCGCUUCGACGGGCCAAGAGGAACACGCACGUGCGCGCCGCAGUCUUCAGCCUGGCACGCAGCAUCGGCACCUUCACCUACGCCGCCUGCAUGUAUUACGGAGGGGUCCUCAUCCUCUCAGACGGACUGCCCUACGAGGAUGUCUUCAAAGUUGUGGAAUCAUUAAUCCUUGGUUCUAUGAUGAUCGCCGGUGCGCUGUCAUUCGCACCGAACUUCAGGAAAGGACUCACUGGCGCGUCUAAAAUCGUGUACUUGGUGAACCGGCAGCCGAAGAUCGCAGAUCCGGACGGAGCGUCGCACGAUGGAUGGGCAGCUGCAGGCCACGUAUCGUACUCGGACGUCAAAUUCUGCUACCCGACGCGACCAGGGACGUUGGUGCUGAAGGGGCUAGACCUCGUUGUGAGGCCAGGCCAGACGGUGGCGCUGGUGGGGCCCUCUGGCUGCGGCAAAUCCACCUGCAUUCAGCUGCUCGAGAGGUUCUACGAUCCCGCCUCCGGGACAGUGGACCUUGACGGACGGGACGUAUCCAAAGUUACGAUGUCGGCUCUGAGGUCUCAGUUGGGUCUCGUACAGCAAGAACCUGUUCUCUUCGACAGAACCAUCGCUGAAAACAUUGCUUAUGGGGAUAACAGCCGGAACGUUCCCAUGGACGAAAUCAUAGAAGUGGCGAAGAAAGCGAACAUCCAUAAAUUUAUAUCAGCGUUACCACAGGGUUACGACACACGUAUGGGUGAGAAAGGAACUCAACUCAGUGGAGGCCAGAAGCAGCGCGUAGCGAUCGCAAGGGCGUUGGUUCGAAACCCACGUGUCCUGCUACUAGAUGAAGCUACUUCAGCACUGGAUACAGAGAGCGAAAAGAUCGUGCAAGAAGCUCUGGAUAAGGCAAAAGAGGGUCGAACUUGCAUUACCAUCGCACAUCGAUUGUCAACAAUUCAAGAUGCAGAUCUUAUAUGUGUCAUCAACAACGGAAAAAUAGCGGAAAUUGGAAAACAUGCCGAGCUUUUGGCAAAGCGAGGUAUCUAUCACAAGCUGCAUUGUCUCCAGUCAACGUAACAAUGUCGUGAAAGUAGCUUCUGUUGAAAUCUAGUCGAAACAACCGACACUUGCAGUAGUUUUUGUGGUAUGUGUCCUGUUUCAAAAUACUUUGUUAAACCAAGCCAACAUAAGUUCCUACGAGUAGCAUGGGACAGACAAUUACAGAAUAUUAAAUAUUCAGCAUAUAUAGUUUUAUCUCCUUGAAUGAUGAAUAAUAGAAGAAACAAAACACAUAACUUUAAAUACCUAUGUAACUGCUAUUUACUCUAUACCGUAUAUUAUGAAGAAUGUCUCCUGUCAUGGUAUUCAAAAUGAGCAAAAGUAUACAAAUAUUUUUCUGGAACAACAUUGACAAUAACAAGGGCCUGAGUAAAUGAGUGAACUUAUCAAAAGUAAAUUUAUCAAAAUAUGCUGUGAAAGAAUUCUUAGAAAGCAGGAAAUAAUUCAGAAGAACAUCAAAUAUUAGAAUGAAACUACUCACUGCAACUAAACAUGUUUAUCAGAAAACUCUAACCACUAAGGGUAAAAAAAAAAAUUGUAGAGAAAGUGGAAAUUAAAACUGUCCAAUUUAAAAAACAAACUGUCAUAGAGUCUCAGUCCAUAAAAUGUUACACUCUGAGUUCAAUAUUUGUUGCAGUACAAGCAUUACUCUUAGCAGAAAAUAUAAGUUGUUAUAUAUAGUAUACAGUGAUCUUAAUGUGCGUUUUAAUUUAUUUAUUAAAUAUAUCUGAUGUAGUUAGUUGUGUGCAUUUGAUAUUUUAUACUGUAUAUUUGUGUUUAUACCGUUAUAUAAAUUCAUUAUUAUACAUUCAUGAUUUUAUAAACACCAUUUCUAUGUAUUUUUGUAUCACAUUUUCCUGUUUUGCUCCCUGAGGUCCUUAUUUUCUACAAUUUUUUGUUACUACACAUUUAAAAAAAUUCACACUUUGUAGUGUGGCUUGUAAUCCUACAUGCCAAAAGGAAAUAUCUCCUAAUAUUUAAGUGACAUACCAACUGCUUGUGUAAAGUCGAGAAAGAAAUGCUAGUUGCAAAAUGUUUACUUAAUGUGCUAUAUAUAGUUCACUAUUUAACUAUAUUAUAUUCUUCCUCAAGCCUUCAGAUACAAAAACAAGAAGAAACAUAACUUUACAAAAAAAUUUUUUUUUAUUAGCAAUGUGAUAAAUGUUUCUGUGGACAGAUCUCUCACCAAACCAGAGAACAGUAAAUUCAAUAAAUGUAACAAGUUUCAAAUAUUACUUACAUUAUAAGGCUUUAACAGUAUUAUCCAUGAUAAUCCAUUCAAUUGUAAUUGUAUUAUUGCCUUAACAUAAGCGAAUGACAACAGAAAUACAUAACUCCAUACAGUAAAAUUUCCGGACAGAUUAAAACUGUGUGAUAGAUUGCUACAUGAAUAAGAGACCUUGCCUUUUGUGGGUAAUGCUUUUAGCAAAUAAACUACUCAGUCAUGACACAUCUUUCGUUCUGCCAACAUCUCUCUCCUGUCUUCCUAGUGUGGCACACAGUUUUAAUCUGGCAAUAAAAAUCAAAACAGAUCACACACUGCUGCAGACUGAUAGAUUUCUUCCGGUCUUCUGAGCAAUGUCGAACAUAGAAGUUAAUUGUGCAAUGGUCUACACAUUCCUCUUCUUGCAUAAUUUACUCUGCUGAAAUAUGUUGCACAAACAGUCUGUACUUCUUCUUUAGAUUUUUACAGAAAAGUUUGACUGUGCAAUGAAAAAGUAGUUUAACGCAAAUGUCCACAUUAAAAAAAAAGUACUCCUUCUUCUAGUAUGCAUGGAGCUCAUUCUGUAUUCAAAAACGUAACAUUUUGUUUAGCAUGAAACAACAGAUAAAACAGAAGUUAAUAACAUAAGAGGAUAUGCAGUGACUGUUUUCAAAGGUGCAACUGGUUUGUAACUAGACAUAACAUCUUUAUUUAUAGUUCAAUGAAAAAAUUGUAUAGAAGUAAUUCCAACAAAAAAAAUAAUAAUGUCAACAGAUUACCACUAUUUGUUAUUGGUUGUUAGUGAACGGUCCAGAAAUAACCUACAAUGGCAUCUUCAUGAAGGCUCUCAUUCGUUAUGGAUUUUAUGAAACAAUCUGAUAAUGAAGAAAGGAUGAAUCAGUUCACUAUAACAAUGAAAUCUCAAAUUAGUCCUAUACACCAGUGAGUCCAUGAUAUUAUGAAAAAUAUAUUUAUUUUAUGAAAUAAGGGUAGUGUAGUGUAUUAAUGUCAGCAUACUUGAGUGCAAUCCAGUAUGACACAAACA